GGUCGACACAAGAGGAACGCCACGUUUCCAGGCGGCCAGACAGCCAGCUUGCUGCAGUCAUCAACAACUAGGAAAUAUUCUGCGGACGCGUCGACGCUGCGCGACGUGGCGGACGGUUGCGGCGGCACCAGGACGCGUUACUGUUCUGGGGGCGCGACCACGUGGCCCGGGCCGAGGGUGCAGCCGCCGCAGCCCGAGAUACCCAGCCUCGCCGCGCCUGCGCCUAUUGACACCAAAGUAUACACAGACCAGCCGGUGUCGUCAGCGUCGCCUCCAACCCGGGACAAGAUCAACGGUGAGGAGAAGGCCAGGUCGCGACGCAGGGAGACCUGGGCAGAACCCGCGGCGCCUCCCGUCACUGACGAGGGCGUGCGGUCCCCGCUGCUGCAGCAACAGCACCAGCAGUACGACGAACAGUUGCGCGACAUCGCCGCAUCUCUCACGAGACCCAGGUCCCGGAGAGCGCUACCACCCACGCUCGAGAGACCCACCAGGCUCCCGCCGCCAGAUCGACUCCCAGCACGUGGCUCGCCAGAUGGUGGGAUACCACCAGAAGAGGGCAACUCCAGCUCAGCAAGCGAGGGUAGUGAGCCUACUGAUGUGGCAGAAGCCACUGAAGGCGGUGAGGGUGGAAGAGUAGAACUUCCGGCAGAAAGGCUCCUUCAUGCAAGGGCUGGGUGGUUACAGCGAAGAAGCCCGGGUGGCUGGUCGCGACACUGGUUUGUCCUGCGAGGAGCAGCCCUCUUAUACUUCAGGGAUCCAUGCAGAGCACCGGGGUUGAUGGACGGGGUCAUCGAUCUGAGUGGCAUAUCGAGGGUGGUGGACCUUCCGACUUCGGCGUCCACUAAUGGCUAUGCUUUUGAGACUGAGACUUGGGAUGGAAAGCAUAUAGUGUUAUCGGCGGUGACAGCGGGCAUAAGGGCUAACUGGGUAUCAGCAAUGAGAAGGACAGCAGGUCUGCCCGACACAGGACCGCUGUCACUAAUACUACGAGAAGAUACAGUUGACCAGGCGUCGGAGUCUUCAACAUCACCCAUCACACCAGUCACUCCAGUCACUGGGAAAUUAGCACCGUUCUCUUCAGAUGAAGAAUAUCGAACGGCGUCCGAAGGCGGCAGAAGAGAUAGCGCUGACUGGGGUGAUGUAGGUACGCAGCCUCCACCAUCCCCCAUCCUUAACCGCACCCCAAUAUCUAAAGUUAAAGAAAAAGUGCGCGGAAGAAGCAGUCAUCAAGUACCACCAAAAACAGAUGCAGCUAAAGACGAAAUCGAUUCCACCAAAGAGAAAGAAAACCCCCUUGUUGAAGUUGAUGAAAACGAAAAACCAAUAGAACCGAGAAAACGCAGUUACAUAUCGACUAUUGACAAACAGUCGAUAGAAAUCGAAGAUUUACGCAAACAGCUUAAACUGGCUUUGAACGACCUCCACGCUACGGAGACGGAACUAGCGAGGUUACAGAAAUUAAAAUCCGAAGCGGCAUUGAGAGAAAACAAAAUGGAAGAAUUAGUAACAUCGUUGCAGAAAAAGGAAGAGGAACUGUCCGUUAGAACGAAAGAAGCAGAGAACUUUGAUGCAAUAAAACAGCUUUACAAUCAAGAUAAGGCUGUAUGGGAGAACAAGUUGACUGAAACUCAAAAAUUCUUAAAAGAAUCCACUGACCACUGUGAGCUAUUAACGCGGCAGCUUUCGUCAGCACAAGAGAACAUCAAGCAGCUGCAACGCGAACUAAAUGAAUUAAAUGAAAAAUUAUUACGAAGCAUAAAAGAAAACGAAAGCUUAUAUGCCAGGAUAAGAGAGUUAGAAGGUCGCGUGGUGGCCGAAUCUCCGACUAAAGAAAAGAGAAAGAGUAUCGGAUCGUUGAGCGAUCUCACGAAUAUCAACCAAGAUUUAAAUGUAGAAACGUUGGAAAAGACCAGACUCAUCGAGGAGUACGUAGAAAUAAGGGCGAGGUUUCUAAAAGCAAUUGAAGAAAUCAAGGCCAUGAAAAAGGAACUACGUGAGUCUCACAGUAUGUAUGACGAACUUGAAGUAACAAAUAUGAAAUUAAGGAAUGAAAUGAAAUUACGGGAACAAUGUAGCAGAUCAGAAAUAGAUUUGAUGGCAGCUCGGAUUUUGGACUUGACACAGAAAUUGACCGCAUCAGAUAAGCAAGUGCGAACACUAAAACAUAAAAUUCAAAAGUCUGAGUCAAGGGAAAAACGACGAAGUUUGUCGCUGAAAGGAAGAGAGUCCAUCACGUUAGGAAAAGAAGUGGAAGAGAAACUAACAGAGUUAGAGAACAAGAUAACGAUGUUAGAGUCGGGAGAAUCGGUUCCCAUGAUAAAUUCACCGUCGAAGAGCGCGUCGCCAGCCAAAGAAAAAACCACUAAAUCCGACAGCCUCACAGACGAGAAACGAAUGAAGAGACUGGCAGCUCGUCUCAGGAGAAAAUCACUGGACAGCGCCACCAGCUCCGAGCCAAUGAAGAUGCUAGUAAGAUUAAGUUCAUUAGAAACCAAAGUUGCCUCUGCUUUAGAAAACCGCCGAGACUUGACGAAUUCAUGUGAAUCAUUAAGUCAAGCGACGAGAUCUACUAACAGUCCCAUAUUUAAUGACAGUCCCGAAACUUCCUCGGUGGGCACACAAUCACAGAGGCAUCUUCUGGACAGGCUACAAAGUCUCGAAAACGUGGUCAUACACUCGAGAAAUAAAGUGAACGAGUGUUUGUGUCAGAUGAGCGCUAUGAGAGCGGCCAAGUCACGACGCUCACCAUCUCCGAGUCUCGAAAAGAAAUAUAGUAUCAAGUCUAUGGAGAAAUGUCUCACUGAUGUCAGUAAGAAACUACAGGAGUGUUUUGAUAAAUGCGUCAUCGAUGGCGACCAAAAACCAGACGAAGAAGUGAAUGACAGUGUCGCACAAGUAGUAGUCCAGCUUGAGGAGCAGCUGAGGGCAAAACUUCUUGAGAUAUCACGGAGAAAGGCUACGCUGUAUGAGGCUGGAGAAUUGACGCAAAGGAAGAGCCUGGAGAUUCUGGCGGAAAAACUUGCAUAUGAAGCCGUCCUCGUCAGCAGAAUACAAGAAGCGCUCGAGUCAUCCAAUGGAAGCAGAUUCUUCGCGAGACUGAUCAAAUCUGAAAUAAUCGAAACUAGUCAACUAAUAGAGAACCUUAAACGCAAGGUAAACGGGGAAGGACACACCAAUUCCGGGGUCAGAAGUUCCCUGGACUACCUCGCGAGGAUAUUGACACGAAAGAUCGAUAUUGUAAAUGGAUCGAGGGAGACGCGCGAUCUUAGAAAGACGGAACUUAUCAUCCACAGUGCUGACCUCGAAGCUUUGAAGGCAUCUCAGAAAGAAGUCGCAGAAGCGGUCGACAGGUACAAGACGGAGAAAUUGGGCGAACUAUGCUCUGCGCUGGCUAGCGAGACCCUCAGCCACGCGGCAGCCGACAGUGACCUCGAUCAACACCGCGCCAACGUGGAAGCGGCGCGUGUGCGUGAGGCGUGGGCAGCCGCAAGGGACGCGCUCGGUGCCGAACUCGUGCAGGCAGAGGUGGCGCGUGCACUCAGUCGGGCUGCGCAGGUCUGCGAGGAGCAGCUAGACGAGUCGCGCAAGGGAAGACUGACACUAACUGCGCAAGACCGCGCCGACCUCGAGCUGUGGUGGCAGGCCGCACAUGACCACUUGCGCUGCGAGAUGGACGCGGCCGUCCGUGACAUCGCCGCGCGGUACCGCGAGUGUCUCGCUAGCGAGCGGCGCUCUCGAGAGGGCUCGCCAGCACCUGACAGUCGCGCAUUGCUACAGCAAUUAGCUGAGGCGUUAGCACAGCGGGCCCUCGUGGACGCGCGCGUGGCCGUGCUGGAGGGGACGUACCGCGCCUCCGAGCCGCACGACGAGCCGCGCCGCAGCGCCCAGGACGCCCUCUCCUCGCUGGAGAGCGACCCCGCCCGCGAGGCGGAGUUUGUUUAUCUCUUCCAGCGCUUCUCGACCGAGUGCCGCGCGCUCUUCUCCAGUGACUGUUCCGGUAACAGUGAAGACUCGAUGAAGAUCGGCGAGAGCCUCGAGCGGGUGGAGGCGGCCGUGGCGGAGGUGCAGCGUCGCCUCGCCGCCGAACGCGACGCGGCCCCGUGCGAGGACGAGUGCGACGCCUCGCCCGGCGGCGGCGGCGUGCUCGAUCGCGUCGAGGCCCUGCGACGACGCGUGGAAGCUCUGCAAGCGCUGGUGCCCUGCCAGCACUGCAAGCAGCUGCAGGACGCGCUGGACAGGUUGCACGAGGAGCGCGCGCGUGGUGAAAACGCGCUGGCGCAGCAGGCGGGCGCUCUCGCGGCGGCGCGGCGUGCGCGUGCGCAGCUACAAGCGCAGCACGAGCGCGAGCGCGUCGCACUGCGGGAGCGUGCGCGCACUCUGCAGCGCCGACUCGCCGCUCUCGAUUCAGAGUAUUCCGCACAACUGGACAGUCUUAGGGCUGCUUAUCAGAGCGCGGUGGCGGCGGACACGCACGGGGACGGGCUGCGGGCGCGGUACCAGCAGGAGAUCGAGCAGCUGCGCGCGCUGUGUGAGAAAGGGCUGCUCGCCAUGGAGAGCUCGCACCGACGCAUCGUGCGCGAGAUGGAGGAGAAGCACCGCGCCGAGAGGGAACAGCUCAGGCUGGACAAGGAGCAGGCGCUGGCGGAGGAGACGCGCGCCACGCUGGCGGCGCUGGACGCGAUGCGCAAGGCGCACGAGAGCGAGGUGCGGCGCGAGGUGGACAAGUUCAAGGCCGAGUUCCUCGCGCGCGGCGCGCACGCCGACCUCUCGCACCUCAGCUCGCGACACCAACAAGAAAUGGAGGAGAUCAAGCGUGAGAUUCUGUCGCUGUCGGAGAAGUACUCUGUAAAGUGCGUGGAGUCUGCGGCGCUGGAGGAGCGGCUCGCGUCCGCCACCGCACAGCUUGCGCAAGCGCACAACCACAUCAUGCAGCUCGACUCCAGAAAUAAGCAACUACGCGCACAUUUAAUAUCAGAAGCUAAUGAGAUGAAGAACUCGGAGGGUUCGCCACUAUCGCAGCUGUACGAAGACUCAGGCGCGCAUGGGAAGGCGGAGGCGCCGCUGUGGAGCCACUUGCGCCACCUGGCGGCCGCCUGGCAGCGCGCCAACAAACUACAAGGGGAAGCCGUCAAAGGCGAGCAGCCUGCUGGAGGCGAGGCCGGCGCGCCCCGCCAAGAUACAGUUCGCGAAGACAGAGACCACCAGAAACCUGCAGCUGUCCCCCGUGCAGAAUUAAAGUCGACUCAGCGCUGCUCAGCGAGUGGACGCAGCGGUGUGGCGCCGCUCGUGGGGAUGGUCGCCGAGCGGAAAAAACGCUUCGAGCUACUGUAGGCGACGCGACGGAGUAAACGGACGAACAGAUUUAUUCACGGUCGAUACUACUAUAUAUUGCGUUUAUCGACAUCGCUAACUCGAAACUGGAACUACACUAUUUUUGGAAUCAUUCGGCAUCGAUAAUAGUGCAGCUCCAGCAAAAUAUCGACAUUAAGGCAUAUAUCGUACACCCACCACACUAGCACCUGGCCACUUAUUGUUUGUAUUCCGAUGUUACGCGUUGAAAUUAUAUUUAUGUGUGUUGUCAUUAGAUUACUUUUACACUAAGCAAGUGGAAGUCGAUAGGAUGGUGUUCGAAACAAUCGAUAUGAAUUUGUUUAUACAAUUAUUUCAGUUUCUCCAAACGUUAAACUUAUUUAAUAAAAUUUAUUAAAUUAAUAGACAUUAGAAAUUACUUUGGUAUUUCGACUUUAAAGGAGAGGAGAAAUUAUUGAUAUUUUAAAAUUAAUCUUUAAAUAUAGAGUAGGUGUUAAUUGACGAAUAUGCCUAUUUUUAUGCUAAUCGUAUAAAACUAACUAAUAGAUUUCAAACAACCCAUCCUAUCGACCUACACAAGUGUUAUAUUAUUACUUUUACAUAGUUUAGUCGCAGUUUAAUUUCAUUCGUUCAAUCAGUAAAUGAAUGAAUGAUAUGAACUGCAGUAUUUAUGUUUUGAACAUAACUUCAUGUGUUGCUUCCAUUGUAUUUUUGUUAUAUCCUUAGUAAAUAAUUAUUUUAAGGCCAAAUAACUUUCUAUAAUCACUAGUGGCCAGACUUUACUCCCACCCACCACACGAAAUGUAGAAAAUUAUAUAAAAUGUUUGUUUCUUACGUAAUGUUUAAUUAAGUUUUUUUUGUAUAUUCAUCUAUUUAAUUAUUUAGUGCGAGCGGUUCUGAUUUCGACGAUAGUCUGUAGUCUACGGUUAGUGAUUUGUUUAUUGUAUAUUCAUCACCCUGUAUAUACUAACGAGUAUGUAUACUAUGCUAUCACGAAGAUACUGCAAGAUUUAAUUUUUUAUUUUUUAAGGAAUUGUUACCAAAUAUUUUUUCGUGUAUUAUCACGUUGUAUGUUUCGGAGACGCGAAAAUUGUCUUCCUUGAUUUCGAUUUUUUUUUUGUGUCAUAUUUUUCUUUAUUAUAAAGCAUUAUCCAGAUUAUUGUUUGUUAAAAUAUUUCAAAGUCUAUAAUCAAAACUCUAAAUGCUUUAUUUUUCUUCAAACUUAAUAUUGGAAAUUUUAACUCCUUAUAAAGUUAAAGGGGUUAUUGCUGAAUAAUAACUUGUUCCAUGUUUCCUUCAAAUGUGUUUAUUUCUGGAGUCUUCCCUUUAUAGUUUAUAGUCGCAACUCCGAAACAUCCAACAUUUCUUGUAGGCUUUAUUUAAGAAAGGAAAUAAGUAGAAAUGCGAAAGAGAUUAUUAUUAGAUCUAUUUAAAAAAUAUAUCUAAUUUUGCGGGCGCGACACAUGUAUAAAGGUAUUUUUUGUUACUUCAUAAUAACAAAUCAGAUUUAAGACUUAGCGAGCCCCUUUAUUCGAGAGAAAAAUGAAUUAUAAAGUAACAAGAAAUGUCCGCGUCCGACCCCAGAGGCACGAUUUAACAUUAUUAUUAAAAAGUUUGACAUUUUCAAAUAUUAACACGUCUAACUCGUCUGUGUGUCAACUCGUUACCAUGAACUAUCGCACUGGGCAUUUACACUUGAAAUUUGUUUUUUUUUUCACUUUGUUGUGUACAGUAACACGAGCAUACCCUGUGCCUUAAUCAGCUUCCGUCAUGUGUAUAUCUAAUUGCUCAAUGUUAUCUAGUUAACUUAAUAUAUGGGAUACCAAAACGUCAUACAAUAGCGUUAUAACGGACUUAGUGUACACUCGACUAUAUCUGCAAAUAUUUCAUGUAUCGUGGAGGUCUCGUGCGCGAGUGUCGCGACUGACUCGAGUGUCAGUAGUGUCGCGAGAGCCGACACUCGCGCACACGGCCGCAAGUUGAAUUGUAAAGUGUUGGUUUAUAUAACAAAGAUUUUUAAAAUAAAUUACUUAAUACAA